ACCCGAUAUGUCUAGCUAUCAACAUCUCAGCUUUAAGUCAUCAACAAUGCCUCCUCGACCUAAGCAAAACGAGUCAGAAGUGGUUCAAGAACCUUUAGAUAGGUCAGGAUCUCGUCAAAAAAGGUCGCCAACAGACCGUCAUGAGAAUUGUAUAGUGCGUGAAUCAGGACCGAUAUUUAAUGCCAAUACACUACCAGUAACAGCGUUAAGAAGAUACCAAAAUGUGUAUAAACUUCGUACACAGAUAGGUAGUAGUUCGAAUGAUGCGCUGGUGAAUGCAGUUCAGCGUCAUUUUAAUGCGUUACCAGUUAAAGAAUAUGAUAUGAUAGUGCAAUUUUUGUAUACAGUGAAAAACAAAGAUAAAACAUUUAGAAGAUAUUUCCAUGAUGAAAUAGUUUAAAAAAA